CGCCAUUGCCCGAGUGGUCUGGAGAUUGUGGAGGGAGUGGCGCACGGGGAAGGCCGCGAUGCCUCUCUUCGAGGGCUUGGGCAUCGGCGGCGAGAAGACAGCGGUGGUGUUCGACUUCGGCGCCGCCUUCACCAAAUGUGGAUUUGCAGGGGAGCCCGGGCCACGAUGCAUCCUGCCCAGUGAGGUGAAGGGUCCGGGGACGUCCACGCCGGUGAAAGUGGUGCAAUAUCAUGUCAACACGGAUGAGCUCUACCAGAACCUGAAGGACUUCAUACACGUGCUUUACUUCAGGCACCUGCUCGUAAACCCACGGGACCGACGCGUCGUGGUCGUGGAGUCCAUGCUGUGUCCGACGCACUUCCGUGAAGCCGUCGCUCGGGUCUUCUUCAAGCACUUUGAGGUCCCCUCGGUUCUGUUUGCGCCAAGUCACCUCAUGGCUGUUCUGACCCUGGGCAUCAACACAGCACUUGUUAUGGACUGCGGAUACAAUGAAACCUUGGUCCUACCUGUCUGUGAAGGCAUCCCGGUCGUCAGCGCCUGGGAGGCAAUGCCGCUGGGAGGAAAAGCAUUACACAGAGAGCUGAGGUCCAUGCUGCAGGAAGGAAGCCCAGCGGAAGCCACCAGCGAGCCCAGUCAGAGCCCCUCUCUGCUACCCGAGGAUGUUUUGGAGGACAUCAAAGUUCGCACGUGCUUUGUGUCGGACUUGCUGCGUGGCCAGAAGCUGCAGGCCGCACGCUUCCCAACGGAGGCAUCCGCCAAGCGGCCGACUGCCCCGCCAGAUGUCUCGUACCCUUUGGACGGUGAGAACAUUCUGAUUGUCAAGGGAGAGAUCAGGGACUCUCUGUGCGAGAUUCUUUUCGUGCAGGACAAUGAGGAGAAAUCCGUGGCCACCCUAAUGCUGGACUGCUUGGUUAAGUGCCCCAUGGACCUGCGCACGACCCUGGCAAAGAACCUGGUGGUGAUGGGGGGCACGGCGCAACUGCCGGGCUUCACCCACCGCCUGCUGGCCGAAAUAAAGCAGCUGCUACAGCAGCCCAAGUACCAGGCGGUGCUGUCCGUGACCAGCGUCUGCGUGCACACGCCUCCCGCCAAGCCCAACUACGUGGCCUGGCUUGGAGGAGCCAUAUUCGGGGCCCUGCAGGAGGUGCUGGGCAGCCGGUCAGUGUCGCGUGAGCUGUACGGGCAGACGGGGAAAAUCCCCGACUGGUGCAGCCUCGGCAACCCUCCCCCAGACUCGCUGCUCGAGCCCAAAACCCCCGUGCCCAUGCUCAAGAGGGCCUUCUCCACUGACAAGUAGCUCCUCAAUGGGGCAGGCACUACAGCAAAUUAUUUAUGUUGCACAGAUGUUUUAUUUUAACAUUUCUCACUCGACCUUCAAAGUGCUUGGCCUGAAACGAGUUUUUAAUUAACUGCACAUUGUUUAAUUUAACAAGUGGUGCAGUGGUUCGCAGACAGCGCUAUUAACCUGGUGACCAAAGUGUAAUUGAUGGCUACAGGUGACAGCGACAAGUGAUGUCUGAUGUUCCUGAGCACCUUCACAAACUCACACUGACCAAAGUGGUGAAGUAUGGUCGAAUAAACCCAUAAGCAUUGUGGCAUGGGAAAGCCUUCAUCCAGCAGUGGAUUGACAACAAAGGGGGUGUACUGUAAAUUCAACUAAUGUGUUACUCCGUUUACUCCAUUUACUGCAUUGCUACUUUCGUUUUCAUGAAGGCUCGUAAUUGAAAGGUUGUGCGUUUAAUGUGUCUGACCAAUCUUUCGUUAACAUAUGCAUUGAUACUAUAUGUACGGUUGUGAGUAAGGCUUGCUAGAAUUAGCUGUGGUAAAUGCUUUGAUAAGUCCGUUCAAUAAAGGAAAUACAUGCCAGG